AUGGCUCCAAGUAGUCAUCGAUCUGGUGUGGUGCAACCACUUCCACCCGAUGCUCCACGUCGAGCUCCAGAAUCGAAAACCAAAGUUUCCGGUGAUGCUGAAAACGAAGAACAGCCUCUGCUGCAAGCCUCAGAACCCGAAAACGUUCACAAAAGUGAAAUUGAUAGAGCUUCAAGUAUAAUUAAGAGAUUGAAUUUGCUGCGUAUGACACGAGCAAAAGGACUGGGGUUCAUUGUUUUUGCUGGAUUAAAUUUCAGUUUUGCAUCAAUCUGCAUCAAGUACGCGAGUCAUCGUGUGACAUCACACGAAACAGUCUUCUGGAGAAUGGUCAUUGCGCUUGUUCUUAAUUACAUUUGGGCUCGCUACAAGAAGCGAAAGUUGGUAGUGGAAUCAAAAUAUCGCGGUCUGUUGCUUCUUCGAUGCGUCGUGGGAACAGUUGGCGUCAACCUUCAAUUUUAUGCAAUGUCGAAAAUGGUGCUGACGGAUGCAAUUGUGAUUGUCUCGACCAGCCCGAUCUCUACCUUCUUUCUAGGUGCUGCUUUUCUGAAAGAAAAGAUUAAUCAAGUCGAUCUUUUAGCCGGGAUCACAUCUUUUAUUGGUGUGAUGUUCGUGACGAGGCCUGCAUUUUUGUUUGCCUCUGAUACUAUUACCAAGCAGGCACCACCAUUGGCUACCUAUUGUGCUAUUGGCGCCUCGCUGACAUCCGCGGUGGUCUAUAUCUUACUUCGUCAACUUAGUAAAGUUGAUUGUCUAGUUUCGAUUCACUACUUCUUUGUCGUUGGAACAUGUACCUCAAUCGUAACACUUUUGGUCAUGAAAGUGAGCAUGACGAUUUUGCUGGAACCAAUUUUUUUAUUUGCAUUGUUUGGCAGCGGCUUCUUUUCAUUCAUCGGUCAGAUUUUCAUUACCAAAGGAUUUCAGUUAGAGCAAGCAGGAAUUGCAUCUGUCAUGCGCUACUUUGACGUUGUAUUUGUUGUAGCGAUGGAUGUCUUAGUCUUAGGUGAGAUGGUGAGUCUCUUAAGUCUUCUUGGAGCCGGUAUAAUUAUGGCUGGAGUCUCAAUGAUUGUCUUGCGCCGAGCCCGUGAACAGUAA